AUGCCUAAUACAGUUGUAUCAAGUAAAGAAACCGCGGGGCACCCUAUUGAGUCGAAACGAACAGAACCCGGUCGCGACAUCAGCCAGCCCAUCGCAGGGGUAGGCCGACCGAUACCGAGAAAUCGGGACCGCGACGUUGGAGGACACAAGGAAUCCGAAAUGAAUCAAGCUAGGAUGGAACCGGGAAUGGCCGAGUUCUUUCGGCAAUUCGCCUCUCAGAUGGCACUGGGGUUAGUGCAUACGUCCCAGAGGUCCAUUGGGUACGAGGACGGCAAGAACAUGAGGAAUUUCCUUGACCUUGUGGAGUUAGAUUUCAUUGAACGAGGGCUGGAGGAGCGGCAGUGGGGAGAAGAACUCAAAAGAUAUCUGACGGGCGACGCCUUGGGUUACUGGUUGUAUCUGCGUCGCACGGGAGUACCCCUGACUGAUUGGGAGCAACUGAGACAGCGAUUCUGUGCGCAAUUCUGUAACAUGACAAAGGAGCGGAUGAAAGUCAUGAUAGCGGAGAAUGUAUGGCGGGGUGAUCACCACGCAUACUCUGCGCGUUUUGCGACUAUCGUGGCCCAAGGGGUAUCCAUAGCACCAGACCUGUUGGUGGGUUACUAUUUGGCCAACCUCCCGGUAGAAAUAUACCGAGAGAUAACUCAAGGGGGAACAAGGAAAUUCGCGGACUGGCAGGAAGCAGCCGCAGCACUGGCUACCACGGCGGCACCGUGGAGGGAUUCAUGA